CUAACAUUUGUUACAGCAAAAACAAAAACAAUACCGCUCAAAUGAUCGCUAAGGCUCUAUGUCUUGCCGCCCUCGUGGCUGCUGCGACCGCCCAAUUUGGAUAUGGCCAUGGGCACGGCCACGCUUAUUCCUCCCAGCAUAUUUCUCGCCAUGACGGCCCAGCGCAUGCAGUCCACGGGCAUGGGCAUGACCAUGGUCAUCAUCACGACUAUUAUUCUCAUCCUAAAUAUGAGUUCGAGUACAAGGUGUCAGACCACCACACCGGAGAUCACAAGAGCCAGCACGAGUCUCGCGAUGGAGACCACGUGACUGGAUACUACUCCCUGCACGAGCCUGAUGGCGGCGAGAGGAUCGUCCACUAUCACGGUGACCAUCACAGCGGAUUCCAUGCUGAUGUCAAGCACCAGACUCAUCACAUCGCAUUGUGUCUCGUAGCCAUAGCCUCCGCAGCGGCAGCACAAUUCGGCGACCACGGACAUGGUCACCACGGACACGCGUACUCAUCGCAACACAUCUCCCGCCACGAUGGUCCGGACCAGCCCGUCUACCACCAUCAUGGCCACGGACACGACCAUGGUCAUCAUCAUGAUUAUUAUUCUCAUCCUAAAUACGAGUUCGAAUACAAGGUGUCAGACCACCACACUGGAGACCACAAGACCCAGCACGAGUCUCGCGAUGGAGACCACGUGACUGGAUACUACUCCCUGCACGAGCCUGAUGGCGGCGAAAGGAUUGUGCACUACCACGGUGACCAUCACAGCGGGUAA